CGCAUCUCUCAUUAGGGUUUUGUGCUUCAGCCGCCACCGCCCGCAUCCGUCCGAGGAGCGAAAUCCCCCUACCUCUAACAUCGAUCCCCUCCUCCAACAUCCAUGGGAGACGAUCACUGUCCUCCCGAUGAUCCGGCGUCCAAGCACGACAUGUUCCCUGCCAAUAUCCUGAUUCCCCCGCCUAUGUACCCCGAGGAUAUUGAUCCCCUUCCGGACUCCAUCCUCUUCGAUCCGAUCGGCUACAUCAGCGACCGCACCAACCACACCACCGCCGGCGCCUUGAUUAAGGGCGGCAGGCGCAUCGAGGUGACAUUCUGGGUGGCCCACCCUCCACGCGCGUCCUACUUCUCCGUCCGCACCCCAGCUGGCCUGGAGAUCGGCGACCAUCCCGCGAUCGUCACCACGGAGAAGGACCUCGCCCUGCUCCGCGUCCCCUUCUGCCAUCCAAACUACAACUUCAACUCUACGGACAGUGACUACUUCGUCUAUGAGGCCGGCACCAAGCGCAAGCAGCCAAGGCUCAAGCUCAUCGCCAUGCCCCCCUAUCUCUCCAUCCCGGACAGCAACGUCGGCCUCCUGCGCUUCCGCCGACGCGGUAUGUUCUUAAUCGCCAUACUGUGUUGGACCUUCACCAUUGGGCAGUACGAUCUCCACCUGUACAGCUCCAAGACUAAGUCAUGGAGCAAAAGAUUGAUGUAUAUUGAUUCACCGGAAGCAGCAAAGAACUACACCUAUGCCAGCAAAGUUAUCUCCAUCGGAGGGGAACAAGGUUCAAUGGCGGGUUUGGUGGCUUGGGUUGAUCUGUGGAAUGGCAUCCUCAUCUGUGACUUACUCCAGGACAGCCAAAUUCUUCAAUACAUCCCAUUGCCGUCGCCGCGUGUGCCCACACUGCGCAGAGGUUCACCUCUGCAUGUUCGAGACAUCAAUGUCGUCGGAGGCUACAUCAUGUACUUCGAGAUGUGCCUCUACGUUGGACUAGACCUAGAGGAAGGUUGGGAGGGAGCUACAUCGAGGAUGAAGGUUUCUCGUACGGAGACAGAGUGGGAGGAGGGCUGCAGGAUCAAAGUUUGCAGUGACCCAACAUCUUCUCGAGUGCCCCCUAAUCUGCAGGAAGGCACUGUACUCAAAGAACCAGUGCUGAAGGGACGGCACGCAGGCUUUCCUGCUAUCAGCUUGCACGAUGACGAUGUUGUUUACAUCAUGGACAAACACAAAUUCCUGGACAAAAAGGCAUCAGUGGUAGCUGUUGAUAUGAAAAACCAGACUGUAAAAGGUGCAGCAGAUUUUGUCUCUGGUGUAUUCUUCGGUCUCACUCAAGCCUACAUUCCAAGUGGAAUUUCCAGAUAUAUGGGUCUUUGGUCCUCUACCAGAAGCGAAGAGAAUGAUGCUGAAACAAGCAAGAACGGAAUUGCAAAAGGGAAGCAAGCGGUUCCUGAAGAGGGUGAGGCUUGGAGAAGAGGGCGCCGAUGGCGUUGAUCAACUGCAUUUAUGUAAGGUGAGGCUUGGAGAAGAGGGCGCCGAUGGCGUUGAUCAACUGCAUUUAUGUAAUGUAUGGUUCUGUGAGAUAGGGCAGUGGUGACGGCAUUUAUAUAUGGUCUACAGGCAUGUUAUGGAAAUGAUUCAAACAGCAGUCAUGGAUGUACUAAAACACUUAACAUCGAGAUGUGUGUUGCAAAAAAAAUUGGGUUGCAGUUAUUUUAAAAAAUGGGAUGCCCAGGAAAUUGCUCGUGUGGGCAAGGAUUAGUUGUGACUAUC